CGACUCUACGCCCGCCGCCCCGCCCCCUGGAUGCUGGAGCCCGUGAGACGCGACUACGCCCCCACAACCGGUACCACCCGCCCGGCUCUGGCGGCCUCCGCCCUCCUCCACCGUCGACGCUAGCCCAUCAAGGCCAGACGCUCCGCUGCCUUCCGGGUUCCGGCCUUUCGGGACGGCCGCUCGCGUUGCCCCCUUUUCCCUUCUCCGCUUCCCCCGCCUUCACCUCUCUCUCUCUAGCGGCGACGAGCGGCGAGCGGCGCCGCCCUUGCCAAGGUCUUCGUCGGGCGCUUCGCCGGCGACAAGCAUCGGGCAGCAUAUUUUUCCCAGUAUGAGUAAAUGCAGACCAUAAAGCGCUUGCCGAAGAGUGUCCAUAGCUCCCUGCGUUCAAGCAUUGUUCUGUCUGACCUGCCAAGGGUUGUUGAGGAGUUGAUAUAUAACAGCAUUGAUGCGAAUGCGAGCAAGAUUGACAUUGCAAUAAACAUCAGAGCAUGUUAUGUAAAAGUGGAAGAUGAUGGUUGUGGUAUUACACGAGAUGAAUUGGUUCUCUUGGGAGAAAAAUAUACAACAUCCAAAUUUCAUAAUGUGAUGGGCGAUGGGGAACUUAGUCCUAGAAGUUUUGGACUAAAUGGAGAAGCACUCGCAUCACUUUCUGAUAUCUCCGUGGUUGAAAUCAGGACGAAAGCCCGUGGGAGACCAAAUGCAUAUUGCAAGAUAAUAAAGGGAUCUAAAUGCCUACAUCUGGGAAUAGAUGACAAGAGGGAAAUUGUUGGCACCACAGUUGUUGUUCGGGAGCUUUUUUACAAUCAACCAGUACGGAGGAAACAAAUACAAUCUAGUGAGAAAAGAGAAUUACAUCAUGUGAAGAAGUGUGUCCUGCAAAUUGCGCUUAUUCAUCCGCAGAUUUCACUCAGACUCCUUGACAAUGACAGCGAAGAUGAAUUGCUAUACACAGCUCCUUCAUCAUCCCCUUUGCCUCUUAUAUCAAAAAAUUUCGGGGAUGAUGUCUCCAGAUGUCUCCAUGAGAUAGCUGCCUCUGACGAGAGCUGGGUUCUUUCAGGGCACGUAUCUGGACCUUCAGAUGUGUUUCAUACGAAGGAUUUCCAAUACUUGUACAUCAACUCAAGAUUCGUGAAUAGAAACCCAAUUCAUAAUAUGCUCAAUAAUCUGGCAUCUAGUUUUCACUCUUCCGUUACAAGGAGGAACGAAGAAAUUGAUGUUCAGAGCAGGAAGAGGCAGAAGACCGAUAUCUACCCUGCUUUUCUACUGAAUUUUUGCUGUUCUAGAUCUAGCUACGAUCUACAUUUUGAGCCUACAAAAACCAUUGUGGAAUUCAAGGAUUGGCAAACUGUCUUGCUUUUCUUUGAACAAACUGUCACAAACUACUGGAAGAAGCAUGCACUGCAAUCACCAAAAGCUGACAGAGUUUGCGCUGGUGAUACCUGUGUGCCUAGGAAAAAUGAUGUGAAAUUGAAUAAGGGACUCCUAAGGCAUCAUAAUGUGCAGAACAAUGAAGAGUAUGCUGACUUCCAAAACACUAAGCAGAAGAAUGCAGUCAGAGAUACAAACAGUGAUGAUAUGAGUGCCACAAGAGCACCAAAGGACUCACGCUGCUUUUCUUUUGAUACAGAGCCAUCCAUACAACAUGUCUCCUUUUCUGGAAGGAUCACUAAUUCACCCUGGCCCAAUGACAAUGUUGUCAGUAUUGAUUACAAGUUAGGGUAUAAGGUAAUGCAUUCUCCUGAAAGACUCAAUUAUUGGUGGUUAGAGGAUGGUCCGUCCCAGUUAGAUGAUGAUGUUUCAAGUGUUAACCCAACUGGUUGGAAAAGGCAAAGGACAGAAGGUAUAUUCCAUGAGUGUGCAUAUUCUGGUAAUUUUGGAAUGUUGGAAGAUGUACCAACUGAAGGGUUUUUAGCUCACAAACAAAAAUCUGAGUUGAUUGGUUCAGAAGUUGAAAUGCAAGAACCUUGCUUCGGGUCUCUCAAUAGGCCAAAUAAAAUGAGCUCCGAGUUGGUGCAAAAUCAAACCAACAUAAAGGCACACACAUCUGGCUGGGAUGGAUUAUAUGUUGAGUUUGAUAAAUCAAAUGGAGAUUGCCUAGUCAAUGAAGCUACAGAUACAAUCACAGAUAUUUCUUACCCUGAGAUGUGGAAGUUGAAUGAUGGAUUUUAUCAUGAUGAUGGUAACACCUCCAGAGGCUUCUGUAGAGUUUUGAGAAAGUGCAGCACCAAUAAGAAGUUAGGGACUGCAGCUGGAUGUAUUGAAGGACUUGAGACUGAUACUGUUAGCCAGAUAAACUUCCCUGAUAUUCAUGCUGUGUGGAACAGUGACUUGAUGGAUAGGUCUUCCAUUGAGGAUACUUUCCGUCAUUUUCCUCAUCUAUCCUCGUUGGCUGAUACACCUUGCAGUUAUGCAAGGACUGGCUUGACACUUGACAAGAAAUCAGAUAAAAACUUUGGUUCUUGGAGCUGUGAAAAUAUUGACAGCAGUAUUAGAAUUGCUCUGGACAGGUUUAGCAAUGUGUCAUCAAUAACAUGUGAAGGAGCUAAACAUUUGGAUAACUUUGACUAUGAAAUACAGCCACUUAAUUACUUCAAUAAUGAUUGCAGUUCAACCGACCAGUUUGUUUCUGAAGAUGACCUGAUAAUGUGGAAACCAAAAUUUGACACGAGAUUUUCAGCUGAUAUUUCUCCUGAGAGAAGUGAUAAUGGUUGCCAUUUGAAUGUCCCUUCUUCCAAUAUGGCAAAUGACAGCACACUUACUCAAGAUCUUCUGAAUCAACACAACCUUGGACUGGACCAGAGAUCCAGGCUUUCCAAGGGCAGUAGAUCUAGGAGUCAUUCUGCUCCACCAUUUUAUAGAGGGAAACAGAAAUUCUCUAGAUUAAAUGAGCCACUGAGCAAAUUGGCCACAGAUGGUGAUAAAGGCAUCUGCAUUAACAACCCCAAAGACAAUGCAUCUAGACCUGUGGAUGUCUUGCCUAUGAGUUCAACCCAGCCUGUUCCAGCGACUGAUGGCAGUGAAUUUCCAGACUUAAAUUUCAGCUCGAAUGGAUUUGUGAAAAUGUUUAAAGAUGCAUGUUCUGACAGGCUUGAAGAUUCAGCUGCUCGAAUAACUAAAUGGCGAGAUGACUCUGGCCAGCAUACAGCUUCGAACUUGCCACAUGGUCCUUUUGGAUGCUAUGAUGAUGUACUGAGCAUUUCUUCUGGGACCUUACAUCUCUCUUGUACCUCGCUAGUUCCUGAAUGUGUUGACAGGAACUGCUUUGAGGAGGCAAGGGUUUUGUUGCAGCUGGACAAGAAAUUUAUUCCCGUCAUAUCUGGGAACACUAUCCUCCUUGUUGAUCAGCAUGCAGCUGAUGAAAGGAUACGUCUGGAGGAGCUUCGUAGAAAGGUUUUAUCAGAAGAAGGCCAUGUCGUCACUUACUUGGACUCUGAGGAGGAAUUAUGUCUCCCUGAGACUGGUUUUCAAUUGUUCCAGAAGUAUGCUGAACAAAUUCAGAAAUGGGGCUGGAUCAUCAGCAGUGAUAGCAAUUCCUCUGAAUCAUUCAAGAAGAACAUGAACAUUCUGAGGAGACAAACCCGUCUCGUUACUCUUGUUGCUGUUCCAUGUAUUUUGGGUGUCAAUUUGACAGGGAAAGAUCUUAUGGAGUUUAUCCAGCAGCUUGAUGAGACUGAUGGGUCAUCAGCUAUGCCCCCAGCAGUUCUCCGUAUUCUUAACUUCAAAGCUUGCAGAGGGGCGAUCAUGUUUGGUGACCCCUUGCUACCAUCCGAAUGCUGUCUGAUUAUUGAAGAACUGAAAGCAACAUCUCUAUGCUUCCAGUGUGCUCAUGGGCGCCCGACCACGGUGCCUAUUGUGAACGUUGCAUCCCUCCAUGAUGAGCUGGCGAGGCACCAAAUGCUGAGCGGAAGGCAGGCAGAGUCCUGGCACGGCUUGGCGCACCAAGGGCCCAGCCUUGAGCGCGCUCAGAUGCGCCUCAAACAACUGAGGAACCUACGCCGUGGCCUAUAGCUGUAGGACAAUAUCAAAUGGUUUCGAUCAGAUAAACGGGAGUGUGCUUUGUACAGUUUGUCGAGGAGGGAGUAGAAUUCCACUGCUGUAAUACAAUUGUACAUACAAUAGAUAUUCAUCCCUGACGAAGAGAUAGAACGGCGCCCAUCACCUGACAGGCGACUGGGGUUUGCCACGGCGUUGUUGUAAACUUUGUACAUUCCGUUUGUUAUAACAAUUCAUACCAUGUAAAUGUGUCCAUCUGCAUUUUGCCGCAGCAAUCUGAUCAGUGAAGAGUUUGAAUUGGUGAGAUACCUUUGUGAA